CCUCUCUCUCUCUACGUGUGUGUGUGUGUUGGUGUUUUCAUAGUUGAUGAUGGUUGCUUUUGUUUUACUUUAUCUUAAUUAGAAAGGGAUAACUGGGAAAGUAUGACUUUUUGUCCCUUCUGUGUUUGGUUGCUGAGAAAGUUGAAAUUCUUGUAUUUUUAUGGUUUUUUUUUUGUUUUUUAUUACAAGAUCCCUUGGAAAAAGCCUCAAAUUUUUAUUGUCCAUGUAAAUCCAAAUUGAACUUCCAAGUUCAAAUUUUUUAAAGGUCAAGUGGUAAUAAAACAAAGACCUUUUCUUGUAGCUGUAAUUGAGAGGUUUUGCUUGCAAUUCUCUCUGUCCCUCUAGUUUUCUUCCUUUCGUGGGUGGGGGAUGGUUGGAUUCGAACUGUUAUCCCAUAGGAAUUGUAAUCUCAUGAAGAACUUUAAAAUGUUUAUAUACUCAGUUGUCUAAACUUUGUAUCGUAACUGACUUGUAUGCCAAUUUCAAAUUUUGACAAAAAGACUGGUCUCUAGCUAUUCAGUUUUCUAGUUGAUGGAAUAAUCACAACGAUGAUACUGCUAUUCUUAGAUUAUGGGCUUAAAGUUUAGAAACCAGACUAUGGAUUUCGAGCUUUAGAGCAGUCGUUUUCUACUCUGUUAUUUAAGUUCUUGGAUGACAAGAUGAAGUUGUCCGUGAUAUGCUUCACUAGCUGACCAUUUUACUUGAUAUCAGUUCAAGAUAUGAUUUUUAUUUUUCUAACAGUGCAUUCCUUUGCUAAUAUUUUCGUAUUUCGGUAGUCUAUGGCUUGAUGAUAGCUUUCUGGUUCCGUUAAUUGUUGAUUGUUUGGGUAUUAAGGCUACCUUUUAUUUUCUUUUCUCUUCUUUUUUCUUUUUCUUUUUUGGCCGUGGAAAAAUAGCAUGAAAGAUUUCUGAGGUCACCUGAACCACAGUAUGUUUCUAUCGAUUGUUUCGUGACAAGUAGUGUCACUUAGUAUUGAUUAUAUUGACUUUUAUAUUGGACACUGAUGUUACUCAAUGGGUUUGCAGCCAAUUUUGGUUCUUAUUUUAUUUUAUUAUAAUGAAAGAGGGAUAGGAAAUGGAUGACAUCUUGUUUGGAAAUUAGGACAUGUUUUCUUUGACCUUCUGUUUGGUUGCUGAGAAAAAGGAGGAGACGCGGAGAAAAUUGAAAUUUUUUGGUCUUACAGGCUUCUGCACCAUCGGAUCCCAAGAGGGGAUCAUACCUCUGCAGUCUCUUAAUUGCACUUUCUUUGAUAUGUAGUGUUUACUUUGUUGGUUCUGCAUUUUUUGGGAAGCAAUACAAAGAAAGAAUAACUGCAUGGGGAGUGAUUGAGGCGAUGCAGACAUCUGACAUAUGCAAGGAUCAUUGCAGGCCAUCUGGAAGUGAGGCAUUGCCUCAAGGAAUAGUGACCAAAAAAUCUAACUAUAAAAUGCGGCCUUUAUGGGGUUCUUCUUUGAAAAAUGACAAUCCACCACCUUCAAUGAGCUUGUUAGCAAUUGCAGUUGGGAUAAAGCAAAAGGCAAUAGUGAACCAAAUUGUUGAAAAGUUCCCUUUAAGUGAUUUUGUUGUGAUGCUUUUUCAUUAUGAUGGUGUUGUGGAUGAAUGGAGGGAUUUAUCAUGGAGCAACAGUGCCAUCCAUGUGUCUGCAGUAAAUCAAACAAAAUGGUGGUUUGCCAAGCGUUUCCUGCAUCCAGAUAUAGUUGCUGAAUACAAUUAUAUAUUUCUUUGGGAUGAAGACCUUGGAGUUGAGAAUUUCAAUCCUAGAAGAUAUCUGUCAAUUGUCAAGGAUGAGGGACUAGAAGUAUCGCAGCCAGCACUUGAUCCUUCUAAGUCUACCGUUCAUCAUCAAAUUACUGCUCGUAUAAGGAACUCCAUCGUGCACAGGAAAAUAUUGAAGUUCAGAGGCAACACAAAGUGUUAUGGCAACAGCACUUCACCUCCAUGCACAGGUUGGGUGGAAAUGAUGGCACCUGUCUUCUCAAAGGCAGCUUGGCAAUGCACGUGGUACAUGAUCCAGAAUGACUUAAUCCACGCAUGGGGUCUGGAUAGAAAACUCGGUUAUUGCGCACGAGGUGAUUGGACGAAAAAUGUUGGCGUGGUUGAUGCUGAGUACAUAGUUCAUCUGGGUCUUUCAACCCUUGGUGUCUUCAAUGGAAGUGAGGCACUGCUAUCCAAGUCCAAGGAAGUUGAUAAAAGACCCGAAGUUAGGACACAGUCAUCUGUUGAAAUGAAUAUCUUCCACGAGAGAUGGGAAGCUGCAAUAAAGGAGGACAGAUGUUGGGUUGAUCCAUAUCAACUUAUUUCAAACCAAACCAGACACUGAACUUUGUUUUAUUAACCAAGCGUCACACGACUUUCAUACAUCGCCACACAUGUUAAUACUGACACAUUUUCUGCGCAAGCAAAAGAUCUCCAAACCGCCAAGUUCCAGCACAUCAAAGUCGCCGAGGAUCCGGAGAUGUGAUUGAUGAUUGUCUAUAUUAUAAUGCCGAACGGUUCUCAAUCAACAUUGAAACAGCUUGUGGCAAUGUUGUGAUUCUUCGAUCCCAUCUUCCCUAGCUAAAAGGACAUGGAAGAUACACCAGAUGUGUUUAAUAGUUGAUUUUCAUAGAUAGGGGAUUGAUUCUUUAAAUGGUGUAAUACAAUUGGUCUUGGAGAUGCUUAUAGAUUUGGUUUUGAAGGAUUGGUUUUUGACAUCGUUCUUGAUGAUUUAUUGUAACCAGUCAUCUCAUUCAAGCCUCUGUAUCAAACUGUGUUGUUGCUUAUAUGACCGUGAGGAAAGUGAUCUGGCAUUUAUUGAGAAAUAGCUUGGGCGUGGUUAAAGCGUUCAUCCAAA